CGAGGUUUGGGAGUGGUCGCGUGAGAGCCGCCGAAUUCGAACUGAGGAGUUAAAGGAGAAGUUCUGUGCCUUGUCGUGAGGUGAAUGGUCGUUGGGUUUCGUUCCACAAAGUUUCUACAGGUUAACAAUGGACAUGACAUCAUCUGUCAUCCAAGCGGUGAGCGGUAUCUGGCGAGGGCACACGGCCCUAGAUGAGUCAAAUGAAGUGGACAGUUCUCCUGAGGUACCGGACAGGUUCCGAAAACUGCCAUCCUCCUCUUCGCUGGGGUCCCUGGGCGCCUCCCUUCGAAAGAGACUCCCCCUGAGGACUGUCCAGGUUGAUGCUGAAAUACAGCCCACACGGGAGAUACUGCAGGCACAGGCCAGCCAAAGGCUUUGCCUCCUGCGAUGCAGCGCUCGUAACUCCGUGAGCAGUGCCUACCAGAAGCUCCAGAGGAGCUGUAGUUCUCAGGAAGAAUUCUUGGUGGCAAGCCCUGGUCAGGCCAUUCAGGGAGAAGAGAACAGGGGGCCUGUCCAGAGUUGUACCCCUCACAAACCUGCUGCUGUGGUAAGCCCUAAAUACAUCUCCCAGGUUGCUAGCCAAAGGGCUUACCGGGCAGCAGCCACCUUGGAUGACCAGGGCAUUGCAGUGAGGCCCAGGAGCUCCAGAAGACGGCUUGUGCGACUGGCAGCACUGCGAAGUCCUCUUGCCUCCCCCAACACAUUGACCCAACAGCGGGAGUUUAACCGAAACCUGGACUCUGUUUCUAGUGGCCUCAAGAAACUUGAACACCUCUCACAAGCUUUUGAUGACAUUAUCGGGAGAGAUGACCGGAUCCAGUCCAUGAUGAACUACCACCAGAUUAUGGUGAGGAGUUGCAGGGAGGUCCAGAAUGACCCAGCCUGUUGGCUUACAAAGACCUCCAUCCAGAGCAAAACCAAAAGAGUUCAGGAGUUGGUAAGCAGCUGGAGUGAUGUGGCCUUGUCCAAAGUGCGUAAAGCCACCUAGAGUGACUUUCUACAUUGUUGAUCUGUUACUCAAAUUAUGCACCUCUAUUCAUUAUAAAGGGUAAAAUACCAUUGUUAAGAUGUUAACCAUUUAAUGGUGCUGCUGUUACUCAUUGUAUCCCAUUUUGGUUUUUUUUUUGAGUACUGAGUGCAUGUGUCCUGAUUAGAUUUCUGGGUUCAGUUCUUGACAAGUAAUGUACAAAAAUAAUUCCAAUGUAGUUAAAAGGCUAUCGAUAGGUUUUUGACUUGGCAGUUCUGACAGCUUAGCCUAGUCUCUGCACAUAUGAUGCAAGGCUGCACAGUGUGUUUUCCUGUACUAUGCUCUAUGAAUUGACUGCCUGAAAUUCUGCUCUGUGCCAGAUCUGCAAUUAGGGAUUCAAUAUUCAUUACCUUAAAGCUACAGUGUGACCUUGGACUCAUAGCAUCAAAAUCCAGCUUAUUGUUUUCCUGCAAACAACUUUGAUAUAUUGAGCUAAAUGAAAGGCUUAACAAUGAUCCAAAGAAUUGCCUGUAUUACCAUUUAACAACCACAAAUAUUGAGCUGAUGGUGGCUAGGAUUCUGAAACUGAUUGUCAUGAGCUUCCUGCCAAAUUUAAAAGCUCUAUUUUGCAUUCAGGGAGGGUGUUUGUUAAUCACAUGGAGAAACAUCUGUGUAUCACAAAUACAGAGCCAUAAAAUCGUGUCUAACACAAAAUGCUGUCAGUUUUGCACAAUGUGCAUCUGUGUACUGAUCAAACUCCUACAGCUAGAAUUUUAAAACGAUGCAUGUAUUUUUAGCUACUCAUACCAUUUAGUAUUUUAUAAAGUGCAGAGUUUUUUUUUUUUUUUUAAAGGAUUUCUUCAGCCUGACAAAAUGACAAACCAGUAGGCACAUGCUGAUUGUACAUCAGUGUGUGCACAACUUUGGUUCUUAGUGAUUAUUGAUAAAGAUAUCUUCAACAAUUUUAUACACUGAUCAAUAUGCUCUACCACAGGUUUACAGUGACAAAUGUAUUAACUAUAUAAUAAUA